AUGUGCCCCACGGUGGAGAACUGCACCCGAGUCACCUGGUUCCUCCUCCUGGGGCUCACGGAGCAGGCAGAGCUCAAGGGCAUCCUCUUCGGGUUCUUCCUUUUCAUCUAUUCAGUCACCCUCACAAGCAAUCUGGCCAUGACCACCCUGAUCCAUGCAGACCUGCAGCUCCCCACGCCCAUGUACUUCUUCCUGAGUGUCCUCUCCUUUAUAGACUGCUCCUUCUCCACCGUGAACACCCCUAGGCUGCUGGAGAGCUUCCUCACCUCAAGCCAGUCCAUCUCCUUCGCAGGCUGCGUGGUCCAGUUGGCCCUCAUGACUCUCCAUGGCACUGCCGAAUGUCUGCUCCUGGCCAUCAUGGCGUUUGACCGAUUCGCUGCCAUCUGCCACCCUCUCCUCUACCACACCAUCAUGUCCCAACGUCUGUGUGUCCAGCUGGUGGCAGCCACCUACAUGGCUUCUGUUGCCAGUUCAGCUUUGCUGACUGGGUACAUCUUUAAGCUGCCCUACUGUGGCCCCAACAUCAUUAACCACUCUUUCUGUGACAUCUUCCCUGUGCUCCAACUUGCCUGCACAGACACGGCUGAGGUCGAGGCCAUGGUCUUCUCAUCUUCUUCCCUGAUUUUCCUCUCUACUGUCACUGUCAUCCUGGUUUCCUAUGCCUAUGUCCUGGUGACCGUGUCCAGGAUGCGUUCCCUUGAGGCUCAGAGCAAAGCGCUCUCCACCUGUGCCUCCCACCUCGCUGCCAUCUGCCUCUUCUAUGGCACCGUCACCUUCACGUAUGCCCAGCCAAGCAUGCGCGGGUCCACGGAAGAGAACAAGGUGGUAUCUGUCUUCUACACUGUGGUCAUCCCCAUGCUGAACCCUCUGAUCUACAGCCUGAGGAAUAAAGAUGUGAAGGCUGCGCUAAAGAGGAGAGGCUUUGGCAUGCUGCCUUCCCGACCAAGCGCAGAGCAUUCCAUCCCAAGCCAUAACAUAGUUGACACAACAUAA